AUGAGCAACACAAUUGGACCGUAUAGCAUUGCGCUAGUCUCCGAUUUCUUCUGUCCAAAUGCGGGUGGUGUUGAGACACAUAUCUACUUCUUAGCACAAUGUCUAAUCGAGUUGGGACAUCGAGUUGUAGUGAUAACACACAGUUAUGGAGACAGAAAAGGUGUUCGAUACCUUUCGAAUGGUCUGAAAGUCUACUAUCUUCCGUUUAUUGUUGCUUAUAAUGGAGCCACGUUAUCAUCAAUUAUUGGAAGUAUGCCGUGGCUUCGAAAGGUGUUUUUGAGGGAGAAUGUGCAGAUUAUUCAUGGUCAUUCGACGUUCUCCGCUCUCGCCCACGAAUCUCUUAUGAUCGGCGGUCUCAUGGGUCUCCGAACCGUGUUCACUGAUCACUCUCUCUUCGGAUUCGCUGAUGCAUCCGCCAUUCUCACCAACACUUUAGUUCUACAGUACUCCCUGAUCAACGUGGAUCAAAUUAUUUGUGUUUCUUACACGAGUAAAGAGAAUACAGUAUUACGGGGGAAAUUGGAUCCAAACAAAGUUUCGACGAUUCCAAAUGCAAUCGAGACUUGCUUAUUCACUCCGGACUGCAAUCAAUUCUUUAAUAACCCAACGACAAUAAUUUUUCUCGGGAGAUUAGUUUAUAGGAAAGGAGCCGAUUUGUUGUGUGAUAUUAUUCCGAAAGUGUGCUCCCGUCACCCCACAGUUCGUUUCAUUGUCGGCGGAGACGGUCCAAAACGGAUAGAACUUGAAGAAAUGUUAGAGAAAUACAAUCUCCACGAGAGAGUUGUAAUUCUGGGAAUGCUGCCACACAAUCAAGUGAAACGAGUGUUAAAUCAAGGCCAAGUCUUCAUAAAUACCUCCCUAACCGAGGCGUUUUGUAUGAGUAUUGUCGAAGCGGCGAGUUGUGGAUUGCAUGUUGUAUCGACGAGAGUCGGAGGAGUGCCAGAAGUUCUUCCUGUCGAUGAAUUCAUUUCUUUAGAAGAACCAGUCCCAGAUGAUCUUGUAGAAGCACUUCUGAAAUCAGUGGAGAGACGAGAGAAGGGGCUUCUGAUGGAUCCUAAUAUAAAGCAUGAAGCUGUUUCGAAAAUGUAUAAUUGGCCGGAUGUUGCGGAGAGAACUCAAGUUAUUUAUAAGAAAGCGAUAGAAUCAGAGUCUCCUGGGAGGUUGGAUAGGCUGAAAGGUUACUACGACCAAGGAAUCGGAUUCGGAAUCCUCUACAUCAUCGUCGCCAUUAUCAUCAUCUUCUGGCUGACAAUCCUCGACAUGUUCGAUUCUCCCGCCAAAAAUCGAGCCAAACAGAGUGAUAAAAACCAGUGA